UUUUUUGUAAAUAUUUUUAGUGAAUAGUUUUUGAAUUUUUUCAAUUUUCUCUAUUUGAUAUUUCAUCUGUGGAUUCCAUACUUCAGUUGCGUAUUCUAGUUGGGGUCUUAUAUAUGUCUUAUAUAUAUUAACGAGGAGAUUUAAAUUUCUAGAUUUAAUGAUUCUUAUUAUUUGGGAGCUUUUUAAAUAUGCGUUUUUUAUGAUCAUAUCACGAAUACAUUCUGUUUCUUGUACUUUUAAUCCAUGUAUGAUAUAUUCUCUUUUCAUGUUAUUUUUACCUAGAUAUAAAGCAAAGCAUUUGCUAGGGGAUAUUUCUAAACCAUUUAAUUCCGUCCAUUUCUCGAGUAUUCUUAAAGCUUUAUUUAGUUGUUCUCUUUCUAUGCCGUUUUUAUGAGCUAUAUAUAGUUUUACAUCGUCUGCGUAUAGUUUUACUCCAACAUUUUCGGGGAUUUCAUUAGGAAGAUCAUUUAUAAAAAUAAGGAAUAAAAGUGGUCCUAGGACACUUCCUUGAGGUACACCUGAGAAUGUUUCAUAGUUGUGGGAUAAUUGGUCACCUAUCUUAAUCUUGAA